GGUAGGCAAAUUGGCUGUCUAAUAUUGGUUUUCGAUUGUGUAGAUCUCGAUAGAGCCAAAUCUAGCACGGCAGAUUCCCUGGCCUUGGACCCCUCUCGCCGAUAUUUGAAGCACAGACUCUAUUCUACAACUAUCCCAUUGGAACGCAUUGCUUCCAGGAUGUUCACGAUGGAUCCAACCCCGAGUCACUGCCAACCGGCUCGGUCCUUAUCGCGGACACCGCUCUCGAAGGAUUUGGCUCUUCCCAACCUCUCUUCCAAGGCGACUGUGGGUCGGAACUCACAGUUCCACAACUUGACUGAAAGGGAUAGAGAGUUAUUGGGGGGGAUUGAAUACCGUAGCUUGAAGCUGUUGCUUAAGAUUGUUACAUCCUAUUUUUUCGGACUCCAUCUAUUCGGCGCCAUUUGCCUCGUGGCUUGGAUCCAGCACGCUGAUCCCAAAUAUCGGCAAUAUCUCGAAGAAUGUGGGCAGGGUAAUGUGUGGUGGGGAUUCUAUUCGGCGCAGACUAUGGUAAACAACCUUGGAUUUACACUCACUCCCUUCCUCGCUUACGCCGGAAAUACAUGUUAUCCCUGUAUGCUUCGACUUGUGAUUUGGUUGAUGCUCAAGCUCUGUCCAAAACAAUGGUCGGCGAAUGAGCCACUGACCUUUUUACUGAAGCAUCCCCGUCGAUGCUACACGCUUCUAUUUCCAAGUCGGCCAACCUGGGCUCUCUUCGGUAUCUUGUUUGCUAUGAACUUUGUGGACAUUCUGUUGAUUUUAGUCCUCGACCUUAAUAAUCCCGAAGUUAACAGUCUUGCAACUGGUCCUCGGAUACUAGCCGCAAUAUUCCAAGCGGCUUCUUCACGGCAUACCGGAACAUCGACCUUUAACUUAGCGGAUGUAAAUCCAGCAGUCCAAUUCAGCUUGGUAGUCAUGAUGUAUGUCGCAGUUUUUCCCAUCGCAAUAAGCGUCCGGGCGUCGAACACAUAUGAAGAAAGUUCCUUGGGGUUGUAUCCUUUCGAGGUUGAAAUCGAUGAGAGGACAGGUAGAUCCUAUAUUAUGACUCAUAUUCGCAACCAGCUCACGUUCGAUUUAUGGUAUAUCUUCUUGGGAAUAUUCUGCAUUUGUAUUGCCGAGGCUGAUAAGAUCUCGGAUACUUCGAUUCCAGCUUUUGCUGUUUUUCCAGUUCUUUUCGAGGUAGUAUCCGCCUAUGGCAAUGUGGGUCUCAGUCUAGGUUAUCCAACAGUCAACACGUCACUGAGCGGACAGUUUACUACAUUUAGCAAACUUGUGAUAUGUGCAAUGAUGGUACGAGGCCGCCAUAGAAUGCUACCGUACGAGCUAGAUCGUGCUAUACUACUUCCCAAUGAGCGGCCCUCGAAAGAUGACAGAGACGAGAUAUAUCAUUGGCCAGAAGUUGCGGGACCUGCGAAGCUCACUCGCUAUCACACCAGCUAGGGACUGCUGGGAUUAUAUUCCCACCUUAUUUCGCACGUAAGGGUGUCUCGUGCACAAAAGCCAUCAUGUGUUCUAAAUUAGGGCGGUUCUCCAAAGCGCA